UUUUGGCGACAUAGGAAUCUGUUGAUGAUGCAUUACCAAACAAGAGAUAAUGAUAUAUCAAAAACGAUAAGACACAAUUAUACAAACCAAGCACAAAAAAUAUUUAUUUUUCUUAUAAUAAUUAAAAUUUUGUAAUAAAUAAAAGUAAUAAUAAUGUAUAUACUCCAUGCAUGUAGUUGUUGAGUAGAUGGAAACUACAUGAGUAGUUUCUUAAUCAAUAUCCUGAAAAACUAACUGAGCUCAAACACCAUGUCAGAUUCUCCAACAUCAAGAACAAGAUCAGUCUUCUCUGUAGCAAGAUCAAACAACACCAAUUAUCUCUCCAACAUUUUCUCAACACGUAGAUCAACAACGUUUGCAUGCACACUCACCAUUUUCUUCAUCCUCUCCACAAUCUUCUUUGUCUUCAGCCAUCUCUCAUACAGUAGUAAAUCUCCAGCUUUUGUCAGAUACAUUGUCCAGAAUCGCUCUCACUUCUCUGCCUUUUUCUCCCAUAUCUUCCCACCAGACUCGUCUUCCUACGCCAAUUUCUAUCCCGACACCAAGGCCAUUUCCACAGAUCCUGUUGUUUCUGAUCCUCCUCUGAGUAAUGCAACUAGUCCUCAGUCUUCACCCGCGACAGAUGGGCUUUCGGUUUCAGAUUCUGGUGAUAUGGAUCUGGACAGUAUGGUUAACGUGUCUGCUGAAAUGCUUGAGGAGUUGAUUAAGUGUGAUCUGUUUGAUGGGAAUUGGGUGGAGGAUCAUGAUCAGCUUCCUAUGUAUCGUCCUGGUUCGUGUCCUUUUAUCGAUGAAUCAUUCAAUUGUUUUCAUAACAAAAGGCCAGAUAAUGGUUAUGAAAAGUACAGAUGGCAGCCUAAGCAUUGCAAAAUUCCCAGGUGGAAUGGCAGACACAUGUUGGAGUUAUCAAGAGGCAAGCGAAUAGUAUACGUGGGUGAUUCAUUGAACAGGAAUAUGUGGGAGUCGAUGGUAUGUAUGCUAAGAAAUUGUGUGAUGAAUCAGACCAAUGUCUUUGAAGCCUCUGGUAAAGUCGAAUUCAAGACCAAGGGUUCAUACUCUUUUCUUUUUACAAACUAUAAUUUCUCGGUGGAGUUCUUUCGAUCCAACUUUCUGGUUCAAGAAUGGUGGAUGCCAGAUGGCAAUGGAUCCAACAAAGAAACACUUCGAAUUGAUCUUAUGGAGAAGGAAUCAGAGCGAUAUGAAAAGGCAGAUGUUCUUAUAUUCAACACUGGUCACUGGUGGACUCAUUCAAAAACAUCAUCUGGAAAAGGUUAUUACCAAGAAGGCAACCAUGUGUACGAUGAAAUGGAUGGAAUCGAGGCAUAUCAGAGAGCAUUGACAACAUGGGCCAAAUGGAUUGAUUCCACUGUAAAUUUCACCAGUAGCCUUGUCUUCUUUAGAAGCUAUUCUCCGUCCCAUUUUAGAGGCGGACAGUGGAAUUCAGGAGGGCAAUGUGAUAACGAGACAGAGCCAAUAAUAAAUGAGAAAUACAUCAACAUAAACGAUUUCUUCCCAUAUCUGGAUGUGCUGGAGAAAGUGUUGAAGGGAAUGAAAGCGCCAGUGUUCUAUUUAAACAUAACAAGAAUGUCAGAUUUUCGGAAAGAUGCCCAUCCAUCCAUUUUCACAAAGCCAUACUUAACAGAAGAGGAAAGACGAGCACCGGAGAGGUUCCAGGACUGCACACACUGGUGUCUGCCUGGUGUUCCUGAUACAUGGAACGAAAUAGUGUAUGCUCAGCUGUUGAGAAAGUACUACUUGGAACAGAAGCAAAAGCAAAGGGAGAAGCCUAAACAAUGAUAGCUAGGUGAGGGUGACUGAGAGAAUUGAGAAACAUAUAAGUUAGUAUACCAUGUUAUUCAUAUGAUAGUAGUUGCAUUUGAUGAAAUGAUAGGCAAAAUCUUGGAGAUGGCCUGGAAAAUUACCAAGUGGGAAGAUUCAUAUUUGUCCUCAGUUGUGUUUGAGGUAAAAAUUGUAUCUAAAAUACCUUGUGAUGGUUUUCUGUGAUUAAUUUAAGUUUAUAGAUAGACUUGAAAAUGAGAAUUAUUUCUGUAAUAUGCCCAUAAAACAGCAUCACAACUG